UCCUUUUCCCAGUUGCAACACAGACAUCCUUCAGCAAGUAAAAGACAGACGCGCGCACACACUGACACACACAGUGUGAGGCAGAGAGGCAGAGAGGCAGACGGCCGGUGCACGCAGACAAAAACAGGCGCAGAACACCAGGACAAACAGAGGCAGAGACGGACGGGGAGACUGCUGAAGCGAGGACAAAACCAGGGAAGGACGACGGAGCAAGAGUAACAAAGAGGUGGCUGCUACGUCCCCCCCCCCCCGCUGGGAGAGAGAAACAUGUUCACCAUUCAGAUGAGAGCACGGAGGCAGCCAGAGAUCUGCAGUGAGGAACCAACAAUCCUCCCUGAAUGAGGGCAUUCUUCCCUCCUCCAGACCGAGACAGUGUAGAUGGACUCAAUCUGCAUUCAGACGCUGGUCUGACGCAAUGAGAGACAUGACGGAUUUCUUGCAAGGUCAUUGCUCACCAUCAAUUGUACGCUUUGAGAGAACAACAACGCACACACUCACACACACACACACACGCACACACUUGUACGCAUGAAGUCAAUUAUGCCUGUAUUGGUUACAAGCCAGUACUUGAGCGGAUCAGGACUUGUACAGAGAGGAAUCCCACUAGGUUUUAUGAGAAAUAAAGAAAUAAACACACACUGUCACGUUGAAACUGGGCAGGUUAUUGUAUCCUAGCAACAGGGAAAGACAUCGACCGCUCAAUCGGUUCCUGUCCAGCACCGGAGCCGUGAAGCCAAACCUCCCUCUGCUCCCGUGUUGUGGAGCGCUCGGCUACACUUCACACCUCUUUUGUUUUCAUCUCAGUCACGAUGACGAAUCGGCAGCUAAAAGACGUUUGACAAAGAGAUCCGCACUGUUCUGGCGGGACCCGAGACACGGACAAAUCAUACUGACAAGCAGCAUCAAACGUUUCCUUUCUUCUGUGCGGCUGGUCUCUUUACUUAUACGUCUUGAAAGCCUUGGAGUAGAAUCCUAGUUUCACCCCUCACAAUGCACACUCCAGCCUCCAUGGUGACGGGGAUCGUCUUCGCCCCUCUGGGAUUGGUCCUCGUCUUCACUGCCGCCAUCACCCCUCAGUGGAGAGAGGGACAGGCGCGGCUGGGCGCGUCGGGCCCGGGGUCACCUCUUCGAUCGGGGGCAAAAGGUCAGGGGAAAGGGGGCGCUAGGCCCGCGUCGGCGGGGGCGCUGCUACUGCUGCGCUCUGAUGGGCUUUGGGAGAGCUGCCUGCAGGUGGAGAACUCAGAGCUGAAGCAGUGCUGGCCUGUGGCGGGGUCGUAUCGGAGAGACCCCAGGGUCCGCCUGGCACAGGGUUUCAUCCUCACCUCGCUGUUCCUGUGCGGCACCGGCAUUAUGCUGGCGUGUAUUGGCGUCCGGUGCUGGACAGACACCCCUCUGAGAGGCGUGGCAGCCACGGGGGGGCUCCUGGUGGUGAUCGCCGGGCUGCUGAGCCUGACUGCGCUCUCCGUGUACACCCACAACCUCCCGAGACUGGGGAUGGCGGAUCCGAGCAAGGCGAUCAAAAGCGCCAGGUUCCCGCGCCUCAGCCUGCAUCCCGCCGGCUCGCUCUACUUCGGGUGGCUGGGUUCAUGCUUGCAGAUGCUGGGCGGCAGCGCUCUGCUGUUCAGCUUCAAGCGACCCGCGUACCCAGAUUGCCCGUCGUGCCUGAAGCUACGGGUUUGCCCCGCAUGCCGUCCAUGUCCCGAGAUCCCCAACAGGCCGGACAACGAUGUAUAUGAGGUCAGCUGUUAGAAUGUAGAACUAAAAAAAUACCUUCAAGGUCAAAGUCAGCAUUUUAUUAUGUGGAUCCAAUCGGCGUUGAUUGUAAAUGUGGCCGAUUAAAGCUAUAAAUGUAUCAUCCUUUAACAUCAUUCAUCGUGAUUCUCUUAUCUCAUAGAUCCUAUUCACUUUGGGAGGCCAUUUUGGCUUUUUACACUAAACGCAUAGAAAACAAAGUUCUGUUUUUGAGCAGCAUCUAAAGCACAAGAGGAAUCCAAACUGCUGUAUAGUUCUCCCUGGCCACUUCGCCACACGCUGGAUGCAGAUAGAACAAUAGAUUUUGCAGCCACAAAUUGAGGUUUCUCGAUCAAUAGCAGACGCCGAGGAGUUUAUUGCUCCGAUCGACUCCAUUUGCAAUCGGCAAUGAUUGGACAUCCACAUAAAACCAUGUGAAUCUACUUUUAAAACAUGGGCAAAUAAGAGAAGAUCUGGAAAGGCACUAAAGUCCCUCUCAACUCAUCAGCUGAUUAAUCUGCCCGCAGAGUAAAUGAGUCAAUUCAUCAAUGAUUGCAAACCACAGGACAUUACUACUUCUUGUUUAACGGACUUGAUGCUUGUACAGCGAUUAGAUGUUGACGUAGACGAGCCUUUGGUUGGGUGUAAAGUUCAAAUCAAAGAGAGAGGGAAUCAAAGCGUAAAUGGAUUGAAGAGAGAGGUUCAUUAUGGUUGAAAAAAGUCCAAGUUCCCGCUGCCUUUAACUACGACAUGUAGCGAAACAUGACUGUCGUAUCUCUUUGUGCUGCCUUUUACAUCGUAGCCGUGCCUUUGUACUGUUCACUGUGUCUGUGUCCGAGAAAAACUGUGAAAUGUGAAAUAUUUGUGAUAAAUAUAUAAGUUGCUUAGAUAAUGUUAUGGCUUUGAAUAAGAUUAUUGAACGAGCUUGUGUUGGAUCCGGUUACAGAUCACAGUCAUUAAACUGGAUUUGAUCUCCUUGGUUUUACAUUUGUAGAAAUCUCGUUCUUGCAAAUGUGGUUUGGAGGUUUGGAGAGAACAAUCUUGGAUUAAUUUUUCAUUAAUUGCAAUCUUUUAUAAUUUUCUCAAUGCAGUCGCUAGAGAUAAUUAAAAAGACCAAUUCUAGAAGUAAUAUAAGUGUAAGAACAUUACAAAUCAUCCACCAAUUUUUCAGCCUGCAGGAAAAUUCAUCCAAUAAAUAAUAUUCCUAAUGUAAUAACCAGAGUAGUGAAGAGACGUAAAGUAUUAGAGGAGUGUUCAAAGGGGUGUUGUUUGUUCUUUAUCAAAUAUUUGUUGGUGUUAACUUAUCACAGUGUUGUAUUCUGUAUUAAAUAAAGCAUUUCAGCAAUGUA